AUCUAAACACCUGAACCGUCUGAGACUCUCAGAGAGACCGUCUGGCUCGCAGCUACUAGUUGCUUUGUUCAGUCUGACAUGUCGCGGUCAGACAAUAGAGAUGUUCUGGACUAAUCUACACUCGAUGUGGAUAAAGGGGCGCGAGUUAUGGCGAUUCCAGGGAUACGAUUGUUGGUUGCGCUGGCAGCUGAUGCCAGUAGAUGGCGUUCGUCACAGUGCCAAGUGAGCUUCUUCAAUAUAUAUUACAGCACUUACAACAGAUUUAUGUAACCUUUCAUUCGACGUCCAACCUAUCAGAAAAUGCGUUUACCAUCUCACAUACCACUUCCCUUCCUUGCCUCGCAGAUUUUACUUUCUUUCGACCCAUCACCUCCAUGGAACUUAUUUGGUGCCUUCGCCAUCGCCUUGUUCUGCCUGCUCAUCAUAAGCCCGAGUGUGUUUGUGAGCUUGAACAUUGACACUGGUGUCGGCUACGUAGACUACUUGCUAGGAUCUACGAUCAUGACCCAUGCUGUGCAAAGCUUUUAUUUACUCUUACUGGGGAGACCAUUGAAAAAUUUCAAGUCUGUAGAGAACAAGAAUGGAAAAGUGCACGAACAUUGGUGGAAAAGGAUCCUCCACCUUAUUUGUGUCGUGCAAUCACCGCGGGGAGUUGGAUGGAACUAUCAGGUGCGUUUUUACAAUCCCUUGCGGUUGCAAUUCGGACCGGCUCACCCCAUCCACUGGCAGGUGAAACACAUCCCUGCUGCCCCGCAACAACCCAGAUAUUUGUUCAUCCUCACCUCCUCCCUGCGUGCUGCCUGCCACCUAGUCCUCUUUGAAGUCGCGCGGCUGUAUGUUUGGUACAACCCUGCGUAUUCAUCGGUUACGGUUGGGACACGAAGCUAUGUGGCGCGGUGUGCUGACACAAUUGUAUUCAUUGGGCUCACAUACUGGGCUUUCAAUGCUUGCUACUUCGCAAUGGCAGCAGGGAGUGUUGCUCUCAGAUUGCACGAGCCAAGAAUGUGGCCUGACUUGUUUGGGUCUUGGCGAGAUGGGUAUACCAUUCGACGAGCUUGGGGGAGGACAUGGCAUCAGACCUUGAAAUCGAUCCUCGCCCCUCUUGGUAAAGCGGCAUCAUCUGGCCUUGGGUUCAAGCGCGGUACACCAGGAUCAUCAUAUGCACAAGUCUACGUUGCGUUUUUAUUCUCGGGCCUCGUACAUACAGGAGGGGAUAUCGUGCUCUCUGGAUCCUCCACCUCCGCUGUCUCACGACCGUUUUUCUCAAUACCAUUCUUUUUCAUGCAAGCAGUCGUUAUUACCCUUGAGGACAUGUUGAUCCGGACCGGAAGACGCCUGGGAGUUGAGGACAGCUUUUGGACGAGAGCCUUGGGGUUUGUUUGGGUCGCGAUAUGGUUUGGGUGGUGUGUGCCUGGAUUUGCCGAGGAUAUGAUCAGGGCAGGUGGGGGGAUAAGGAAGUCUGCCAGCGGAGUGGGUGAGAAUGAUAUGGGCCCCAAUCUGGUGCAAGUCGCGAUGGUUGGAUUGUUUGGAUUUGAUGUUGGGGAGUUUGCUGAAUCAUGGUUUGGGGCAUGAACUGAGAUGGAUGCCAGGGUUCGUGACAUAACCUUGUUUACCGCUUACGAUGAUCACCUGAAUGUCCGUAAUGGUCGUGCUGGCACUUUGAAGGGCGAAUGUUGGCGUAGGGUAAUUACCAACUGGGUAAAACAGUACUGACUCCGACUCACA